UUCCGCAACUUUCACUCGCUCGCUUUGUUCAUUUACUGCUUAAUAGAUUUUAAAGUCGUUCGUUCUCUCGCGGUCGUAUUGUCUCAACUCCAGUGCAGUCUUUCCAAAGGGAUACAAGUUGCGAAACGAUCGAAGAUAAACAUUUUACUAUUAUUCGAAGCUCACUGACUUCAUCGAUUUCCCGACUUCGAUCCCCUCGAUAAUAAUCGUAAAUCACUAAUGGUAUCACAGAUCGUAACGCUGGAGAUUGAUUAAUCAAUUGAACGCAUGGAAGAUUGGGAGAGACAACAUGAGACAACCCGCGAGAUCAACGAAGGGCUGCUAAGGGCUAUUUUCACAGCGGUUACAUCAUACCGGGCCGAAAAUUCAUGUCGCAACUCAACAGAGCGCGGAAAUUUGCAUCUCUGCGUCAUUUCGCUGCCUGUAAGCUCGAUGUAACAUGGGCGUCUUCCCUUCGUCCCUAGCCGUGUGUAAAUACACUUUGGACGCGCGAGUGGGAGAUCGACGCCUCCCUAACUAGUGGGUGGGCAACGCAGUGGUGGCGUUGCCGAUGACGAAGGUGCCGCGCGCCUCUCGUCAGUCAAAUAGCGAUCGUCGUUGUAUGAUCAUUUAACGUCGCACUUGAUACAGACGCAACCACGGUACACGCGACUCUGACCUGCGUACGAAAAUAACCACUUCUCCGAGGACGUUUCUCGCGCGCUAACAACGACGUCGUUCUUCCAGUUACGCGUGAGACGUCGUUCCGUGACUUCGCGACUUCGCGAAGACUCUCUUCUAAGUCCGCGUGUUAAAAGUAUAGUAAACAUCAACGAACCAGUGACAAUAAAGAAGUAAAUAUUUCGGGGAGAUACUUAAUAUCUGUGUGGGAAAUUAGUACAAGCGCGUCAAGAUUUCAAAAUCGGGGGGGAGAUAGAUCUGAAGACGUAAACAUUAAACGAGUGAAGAUGUUAAAUAAAAAUAGAAUUCUUAUAUAAUACAGAUCAUAAAAACAGGACUGCACAGUCACAAUUGUACGCAGGAAGGAAGGAAGUGAAAUAAGCAGGGCUUAGUGGAAACUCAAGUGUAUGGUCACAUCAUUUUGUCUCGUAUCGUCGCAUCAGUGAAAGAAGUCUUUGAUACCCGCAAGAUGAAGCGAUUGAUGCUGUUGGCCCUCGUAGUCGCCGUAGUACAGUGCCACGAACCGUUCCAAGUGAUCUUCGAGUGGAAACAGAUCGACGUUCAGUGGCCGUCGGAGGAGGAACGGCAAUUGGCCAUUACAAACGGCAAGUACAUCGCGGAGAACAACUUCUUGACUACCGUAAAGUUUUGGAAGGACAAGAUGUACCUAACGAUGCCGCGGUGGAAGGACGGCGUGCCGGUGACGCUCGGCGUUACUUCGGCAACGCCGGUAAAUGGUACCACAGCGCCCAUACUGGAGGCUUUCCCUAGCUGGGCCAUGCAGACGCUGGGUGAUUGCUCCGCGUUUCAGCUGGUCCACAGCAUAGAGAUCGAUCCGAAAGGUCGUAUGUGGGUGCUCGAUACUGGCCGACCGACGACUACCAGGGAAUUCAAAGCCUGUCCCGCGCGUCUCGUGAUUCUCGAUCUCGAGGACAGUGGCAAGAUCCUCCGUAUUUACGAAUUCCCCGACCACGUCGCUCGUCGUAGUACCACUUAUCUCAACGACAUCGUUCUUGAUCACGAAGACGGUGGCAUGGCGUACAUCACCGAUAACAGCAACAACGAUCCUGGCAUCAUCGUGUACUCUCUGAAAAAUAACACUUCAUGGAAGGUCCGUCACGAUUCCAUGAAGGCGAAAUCUGAGGCGGUUUCGUUCAUGGUAGCGAAGACACAUGUGAUAUUACCGGUGCACGUGGAUGGUAUAGCGCUUUCGCCAGCAAGCAGCAUGGACAGGCACGUCUACUAUUCGCCUCUAUCUUCCUUCCAUCUGUACUCGAUCCCAGUAUCCGCUCUGAAGAACAACGCCACGAAUAUCGACCAUUACGUGAAAGAACUCGGACGGAAGAACUCACAAACGGACGGUAUGGUGAUGUCGGCUAAAAGCGUACUUUACUUCGGUUUGCUGGCCGAUGAUGCUAUCUCUAUGUGGGACAUGAAGAAUUCUUCGUCCUUCACCAUUGGUCAACGUGUCAUGUCGCGUGAUCAUCUGUUGACGCAAUGGCCGGACAGUUUCGCCUUCGACGAGGACGGUAAUCUCUGGUGCGUCGUCAACAUGCUGCAAAACUUUUUGAGUAAUCACAUCAAACUUGAUACGCCCAACUAUCGUCUCAUCAGGACACGUGUGGGUGUUAAAAAUUACCAGUACUAUGAGAACGGCACGGCACCGGAUUUACCGGACAUCACCGCCGGCGCCGACUCCGUCAAUUUCAUGUUUGCCACGCUACUCUUUCUAGUUUUGGUAUUAGUCGCCAAGUAGUCGCCGCUUUUUCCUUCAUAGAGAAUCGUGCAUGGAAGGUGUAACGAAAGAAAUAUCAGCUCGUAUACUUGGCACACCCGAAAGAAAAAUGACCUGUAAAUCCACAUUACAGUCAGUUACUUAAAUUAUAUCCAACUCUUCAACGUGCGAUACCUUUCUAUAUGUAUAUACCAAUGUAUAUACUUAAGUAUACAUGUGAGUAUAAAUACAACGCGCGAGAAGUGUGAAUGUAUAGAGAAUGCGUGACGAGGAAGAGGUUUAUCGAAAGAAGUGUGUCCAUAGAUAUGAUUAAGACGAAAAAAAUAAACUUCAUUCAAGUAAUGUCAAAGAUUAUUGCGCGUCCGUUUCCUCGACCGAAGGAGGAAAAACGGUUCUCUCGAUGCAUUUUUGGAUCAUAUUUUCCUCGUUAUCCGCUUGUAUUAUGAAUCUUUAGGGAGGACAUUGAAGAGAGGAAAAUAGGAUACUUGAAGAGUGUUCUACACAUAAGUGUGAGACAGCGUGCGCUUAAGAAUUGGUCGCAACUUCUACUGUCUGGAUUCUCGCUCUGACCUAUUUACACAGUCUCGGAAUUAUUUAUAAAUUCAUCUCGAGUCUAACUCAAUGGAAACCGUCGGAGAUAUUUCUCAGCGAUUUCCGACGAAUAUCGGUGAUGAAUACUUCCGACGGUUAGUCAGAUCAAAACACGUUUGAUCGCCGUGAUCUCAAUCGAAUCAAAAGAGGCAGAUUCAGGAGAGCAAAGAGAGAGAGAGAGAGAGAGAGAGAGAGAGAGAGAGAGAGAGAGAGAGAGAGAGAG